AUGGAACACCACGGGGCUUUGACCAUGAGAGUGGCUCUGGCCAUACUUCUUGUCACUACCUUUCUCACGCAGGUCCUUGCUUCUCACAAUCAUGGCUCACAUCACGUACACCCUUCUUCUUCCUCUGUCAGUGCUCGAAACGAGAGCGAGACGUCUCGAGAAGCGGCGGCGGCGGCUGUGGAGGCAGCCCUAGCGUCGCUUGGUUUAUUGAACAAGGCUCGUAUUGAAAAUCCUCACUUCAACAGCUACACGCUCAAAUCUGGCGACGAUACUGCCGACCCGGCACCUAGUAUCAACAUAUCGGCUGCGACUGAGGAUGGAAUCACGAGAAGAUUCCGCCGGCGACAGGAGAACAGCACCGUCGAUGAGGUUGAUACUAGCUACUCCAUCUCCCCCGAGCUAGCACAGGCGGCAAAAGUCAUGGCUGAAUCUACGCCACAAAUUCCUUCAGGUAAUCACAGUGAUGUGGCAGCCGCGAUGAAGGAAAAGUACACACACAGCACCAAUGAUACGAAUGUGCCACAGUCGCACAAAACUCCAGAGGGAAGACUGUCAGUCUAUGGCGAUGAUGGUGACAUGACGAAUGGCACAGCAAAUGUCAAACGAGCUGAUGAGUGGUGGAUGGUCGGCAUGGCUUCGAAUGGAAAAAGUCCCCAUGCGCCAGACGAUUACAAGGUCUGGAGAAACGUCAAAGAUUACGGUGCCAAGGGUGAUGGUGUCACGGACGAUACGGAGGCCAUCAACCGUGCCGUGUCUGAGGGUGGUAGAUGUGGCGCGAACUGCGGAUCUAGCACCGUAUACCCUGCUGUCGUGUACUUCCCGCCAGGCGUCUACCUCGUCAGCAGUCCCAUUAUACAGUACUUCAACACAGAGUUCCUCGGUGAUCCGUUGAACAUACCUACUCUCCUCGCUGCCUCGAGCUUUGUGGGACAGGGCGUCAUUACUAGUGAUGUCUAUGUGAGCGACAAUUCAGAAUGGUAUCUCAAUACAGCCAAUUUCUUGCGCAGUGUCAGAAAUUUCAAGAUAGACAUUAGACCCGCCUCGCCAUGGAGCUAUAUAUGUGCUAUACACUGGCAGGUUGCGCAGGCAACAUCACUGGAGAAUCUUGAGAUUUACAUGCUGUACGAUUCUGAUGUACCCGGACACAACCAGCAGGGUAUCUACAUGGAGAACGGAUCAGGGGGGUAUCUGGCUGACAUUAUCUUUGUUGGUGGACACUUUGGGGCAUACUUUGGCAAUCAGCAGUUCACAACCAGUCAUUUGAUUUUUGUGAACUCUGUCAUCGGUUUACAAGUGCAUUGGGACUGGGCGUGGACAAUGCAAGACUUCAUCUUCGAAAGCUGUACUACAGGGCUGCUCGUUGUUGGCGGAGCUGGUGGUUCCAUGUCCAACGGUCAAAAUCUUGGAUCCCUCGUGCUCGUUGACUCCAUCAUCGCCAAUACGCCCCGAGCCAUUGUGACGACCCUUUCCUCGGAUAGCUCCACCUCAUUCUACCUGCAGAACGUCGGGUUCUUCAACACGGAGGUCGCAGUCACCGAUGACUCGACCGGCAAUGCUCUACUGGCCGGUGGCAACCAAGUCGUCGUGGACAGCUGGGGCUUUGGACGUGUAAUUGAUAACACAGACAACACUGGCGAGACUUUCUUCGCCAAUGGAGAAUAUAUCGCCAUAAUGGACCGCAACACCGCGCUACUGGGAGACGCCUACAAUCAGAUGGCGCCCAACUUUUUUACGCGGCGAAGGCCAGGCUAUCUCGACGUUGCAUCGAGCAAGGUCAUGAAUGUCAAGACAUUAGGAGCAGUGGGCGACGGUGUCGCGGAUGAUACGAAUGCGCUCAAUUCCAUCCUAGAGGGCGCCGCCAAUACGUCGUCGGUGGUCUUCUUCCCGUAUGGUAUAUACUUGGUAACGGAUACGCUUCGUGUCCCGCUUGGUUCGCGUAUCAUUGGACAGGUGUGGCCUCAGAUCAUGGGUACAGGUGAAAAGUUCUCUGACGAGUCUCAACCUCGAGCUGUUGUGCAAGUAGGCAAAACGGGCGACGUAGGUAUCGCCGAGAUCUCAAACAUGAUGGUGACCGUCAGGGGUGCUACCGCGGGCGCCGUAGUCAUCGAAUGGAACGUUGCUGAAUCAAGCCUUGGAGCUGCUGGGAUGUGGGAUACUCACGUCAGAGUCGGAGGUGCUGCUGGUAGCGAUCUCUCGCUUGCGCAAUGCCCCAAGCAGUCGGGCAUGGUGAAUCCCCAUUGCAAGGCUGCGUCGCUUCUGAUGCAUCUGACGCCCAAAUCAACAGCAUACCUUGAAAAUGUCUGGCUCUGGGCAGCCGACCACGACCUGGACGAUUCCUCCUUGGGCCAGAUAGAUGUCUAUUCUGGCCGGGGUCUCCUGGUCGAAAGCGAGAAGGCUUGGCUAUGGGGCACAUCGGUCGAGCACAGCGUGUUGUACCAGUAUCAAUUCUCCGGGGCGGAGAAUGUGGUUAUGGGCAUGAUUCAGACCGAGUCGCCUUAUUUCCAGCCCGUCCCGCUGGCACCAGCACCAUUCACCACAGGCAUGUUCCCGAACGACCCUACCUUUACCAACUGUGUGGGUGCCUCAUCGCCGCGCUGCGCCGUCUCGUGGGCUGUCCGCAUCAUCGACUCGUCUUCUCUAUACAUGCUUGGCGCUGGCCUGUAUAGCUGGUUCGACGAUUAUGACCAGGACUGUGUAAGCACCGGAGACUGCCAGGAGCGCGGGUUCGAGAUCCGGGAGAGCACCGAUAUCUGGCUUUAUAACCUGUGCACCAAGGCCAUCCAGGAGAUGGUGUCACCCCUUGGGAGUGUACCAACCUACGCCAAGGACAACGUGAACGGGUUCCUUUCUUCAAUUUUGGCCUGGCUUCAUGGCUCAACCCAGAUUGUGGGCCAGCGCGACUUUCCCGGCUUUCGCGUUUGGACACCAGGCAUGCUGGACAAGGCCAAUGGUGCCCUGCUUUCCGAGAGCUGCAGGAACGCUUUGACCGAGAUUAUUGCGUGCGACAAUCGUACCGAGAGUUUCCAGAUGCCAGGACUACGCAGCUGGCUUGGCACCGUCGAGGAUACAGACAGUGUCUGUAUGGACUCGUGUGGCGAGAGCUUGCAGAGCUGGUUCGAUAGCGUUUCCAUUGCAUGUGAUGGGCGGCUGAUCAACGAUGCAUUGCCCACACUACUCGGAGGCCGGAUAUGGACCAACUGGAACCAGACUUGUCUCAAAGAUCCCGCCACAGGUAAAUACUGUGGGGAAAUAAUUGACGACUUCAGCCUGGUAUCGUCGAUCGAGAACAUGCCUCGCGAUGAGCUAUGCUCCUUCUGCUGGAUCGAGCACUACGCCAUACCUCAGCGCUCCCAGUACUCGAACUACGAUGAGUUUUUGCAGUCCCAGCUCGACUACACCGCCUCCCAGUGCGGCCAAGGUGACAUUGAUACCAGCAUUCCAGAUUCGCCGUUUCGAACCGACGAAUCAUCGACCUAUUGUCAAAGUAAUUAUUGGUAUACUACAUCGGAUGGCGACACCUGUGACUCGAUAGCAGAGAGCAAUAGCGUCUCAUCAGCAGCACUGUAUCAAGGGAACCCUGAUACCAUCUACAACUGCUCUUCCAUAGCGGCUGGUACAGAUUUGUGCAUGCCAGCAUCUUGCGAGCUUAUAUGGGUCGUACAACCCGGAGACACGUGUACCUCUAUCGAGUACAACGUCACUGCGUCCACAAUGAGCUCAGUGUUUGGAAAUAUAAAAAAAUACAAUCGCUGGGUGGACCGCGACUGCACGAAUCUGCACGCAGCUGGCGAUGCAGUCUUUGGGCACGUCGUAUGUCUGUCGCCGCAGAACGGCCUGUUUUCCGCCAACGCAUCCAUGCCGGGUGAUACUACUAUCCCAGCAGCCAAUACCGGGUAUACAAACUACAUCAGCGAUCCCCCAGAGGGAGCCACGGUUGCGGAGGGAACGACGAUGAAUUGCGGCACGUGGCACAUUGUCGUGGAGGACGACACUUGCGGCACCAUUGCAUUCACGAGUGGCACGACGAUCUACAUUUUUAUGGAGGUGAACCCCUCAGUCGGAACAGAUAUCCAGAGCUGUACUAGCCAAUUGGUAAUUGGAGAUGCAUACUGCGCAGUGCCUCAUUCCGCCUGGGACCAGGUGUCGAGAUAA